GUGUACAAACUUAGUUAUCUCCCCCACAUGGCAAUGGACCGUACCAAGCUCGGCGUGUGUAGUAUAUGGUCAGGCUAACGGUAUGGACUGUACGGAACAACAACAAAUGGAUUUACCUAGGUUGUGAGGGGAAAAUUCAACAAAAAAAAGUUGGAAAUACACCGAUUGUAACAUCGUGGUGCAUCCAUAAGGUUUUCGGAUUAUUCGUGUGCUAUAUAUACCUGUACAGCAGUCUAGCGGAUUGUAGCUUUUCGUCGAGUGCCUCGGGGAUUUAUAUAUCUCUGUCUUAGCGUUAAAGGGGUAGUAAUGUGAUUGUGAGUGUUAUUGAUAAACCCCGUUUAUAGUGUAUCACUGUAUCGGUACCUCGACACUCACACAGCAAGGAUUGGUAUCCACUCUCGGUGGAAAACUUACGAUGUAGUGCAAUCAUCAUAUCGACAUGGAUUAAUAUUUUAAAAUUAAUACUAGAUAUUUUUUGUGAUAUAUUUUUUUUUCAAAAAAAUAAAUAAAUAAAUAAAUUUGUAAAAAAGGCAAGAUGAAACCCAAAGGAUAUUUAAAAUUCAACAUGGAUUUUUCGUUUUGGAUUUACUGUGUUUGUAUACUUAUAAGUUGUAUAGAAUGUGUGUAUGGAGGUUGUCCCGAGAAAUGUGUCUGUGAAGGGAAAACUGUUAAUUGUGCAUUUAGAGGAUUCAACAAUGUUCCCCAGGAUAUGCCGAAACAAACACAUAAAAUAGAUUUACAAGGCAACAAUAUUACAAUUAUAAGAAGAAGGGACUUUGAAGGAUAUCGUCAACUUCGAAAUCUAUUAUUGUUGGAAAAUCAAAUACACACAAUAGAGAGGGGGUCGUUCGAGGACCUUACAGAAAUGGAGCGAUUGAGACUGGAUAGAAACCGACUUGUGGCUGUUCCAGGACAUCUGUUUAGCACAAUGCCCAACCUACAGAGAUUAGACUUGAGCUAUAACAGACUGCGGUUUAUUGGCAAGGACACCCUCACAGGAUCGAUGGUUCUCAAAAACCUACAACUUGACCACAACGAGCUCACCUGUGUAUCCGGCCAGGCUAUCAAGACACAUCGCUUCAUGGAGAUUUUGACCCUAAAUAACAACAAUUUGACCACGAUGCCAAACGACAUCUUUGAGAACAUGAGGAAACUGAGAACACUGCGUUUGAUGAACAAUAAUUUCAAUUGUGAUUGCAAUCUGAGGUGGCUCGCUCGCUGGUUACGGAACGUACGGAGACUCGGCCGGGGAACAGAGUGUUCAACUCCGUCAAAUCUACAAAGCAUCGAGCUCAAAGAUCUAGAUGAGAUGGAAUUUAAAUGCAAUGACUUACAGCACCAAGUUGUGAACCAGUGUUUGGAAGAAGCCAUGUGCCCGUCACGUUGUCGCUGUACCGAGGGUGUUGUCGACUGUCGUGAUCUCAGACUUACCGCUGUGCCGAAAAACUUCCCAGAGGAUGUUGUGGAGAUACGUUUGGAAGGAAAUUCCAUCGCGCGGAUACCAUCGAGAGCUUUCGCUGACCUUUCACGCCUACGAAGGAUUGAUAUAAGCAACAACAAGAUAUCCCACAUUGCACCUGAUGCGUUUGCAGGGCUUUCAUCUCUUAAUUCGCUGGUACUUUAUGCUAACAAGAUAACAGAGCUUCCUCUGGGAGUAUUUAGGGACCUCAGCUCCCUCCAACUGCUAUUAUUGAACGCUAACAAGAUUAAGUGUCUUCAUGCUGACAUUUUCCGUGACCUGUUCAGUCUGAACCUUCUCUCCCUCUACGACAAUAAGAUCAUGUCUAUGGCCAACGGAACCUUCGACUCGCUCCGUAACAUCCAAACUUUACAUCUGGGCCGGAACCCAUUCAUCUGCGACUGUAACCUGGCAUGGCUGGCAGAGUACCUUCAGAGGCGGCCAGUAGAAACGAGCAGUGUCCGAUGUGAGAGUCCACGGCGCAUGGAGCGCAAGAAAAUAGCACGGACACGCCCAUCCAAGUUCAGAUGUAAAGAUUCAGAGGUCCAUCGGACAAAAAAUGCAGGGACUUGUAUGGUGGAUGUGGAAUGUCCGGAGGGCUGUGUAUGUAUGGGGACCCUAGUGGACUGUUCUGGCCGGGAGCUCACCAUCAUGCCGUCAAACAUUCCUUCUUACACCACAAAGCUGUUACUUAAGGGAAACCGGAUCACCAGGCUGGAGGCCAAUGGACUGUUUGUCCACCUGACCAACAUACAACAUCUAGACCUUAGUAACAACCUGAUAGAAGAAAUAGUGCCUAACGCCUUCGAGGGAGCAUCCAAACUGGUCGAUCUAAACCUUUCCAACAACAGAAUCAACAGGGUAACCAGUAAAUCACUAGCUGGACUAUCAGCUCUACAAACAUUAUCUUUGGACAGGAACAGAAUCACAUGUUUGAGUAACACAACAUUGUCCUCCAGUCUCCAUCUUCGUAAACUAUCUUUGUAUAACAACCAGAUACGGUGUAUAACAGCUGGAAGCCUCGAUAAUCUCCGAUACCUUGUUACUCUGAAUUUGGAGGCGAAUCCUUUCACAUGUAACUGCCACUUAAGCUGGUUUUCCGACUGGUUAAAACGAGUAAACAUCAUCACUGGAAGCCCAACCUGUUUCUCUCCCCAUAACUUGAAGGAUUCACCAAUUCAUGACAUUCGUACUGCAGACUUUGUAUGUGAAGCUAACAAUGAGCUCGGUUGUAAUAUUGGGGUUUCUCCAUGCUGUUCUGAUGAAGAAGUCGCUCCUGUGGACAGUAGCUGUGACCCCCGAGCCUACUGCCCACCUUUGUGUACCUGUACCGGAACUGUUGUAAGAUGUAGUAGACAAAUGCUGACGGAGAUUCCUUCACACAUACCCCUGGACACAACAGAGCUGUACUUGGAUGUAAACAACAUAACCCAUCUAAACAUGGACAUCAGCCAACUCAGCCAGCUCCAGCGACUGGACCUGAGCAACAAUAAGCUUGUAACACUACCAGAGAGCAUCUUCUCCAACCUCACACAGUUAUCAACCUUGAUUUUGAGCUUUAAUAAGCUAGAGUGUAUGGCAGCUUCCAGCUUCUCUGGUCUCCGGCGACUGCGAAUAUUGUCUCUCCAUGGAAACCAGCUGUCCACCAUUCCAUACAGCUCCUUCAAUGAUCUCGACUCUCUUACUCACUUGGCCCUUGGUGAGAACCCCUUAUACUGUGACUGUAACCUGAAGUGGCUUGUUGACUACAUAAAAAAUGAUUACAUGGAGCCUGGGAUAGCCGGCUGUGCAGGACCAGUCUCUAUGGUUAACAAACUCAUAUUGACCACUCCACCAGCGGCAUUCCAGUGCAGUCAGACUGCAGAUCCAGACAGUGUGGCAGUUGCUGCUAAGUGUAAUGCCUGUCACCAGAACCCCUGUCUCCAUAAUGGAAUUUGUAGAAUCAGGGACUUCAAAAACUUCACCUGUGACUGCACACCUGGUUACCAUGGGCAACGAUGUGAAAAUGAAAUCAACGCCUGUUUUGGAAAUCCAUGCAUGAAUGAUGGACACUGUGAAGUCCUCAACCAUGGAAGGUUCAACUCCUCUACUUUCAGCUGCCGGUGUCGGGCAGGUUUUGAAGGUGAGCGAUGUUCCAUCAACAUUAAUGACUGCAAGACAAACUCCUGUCUGAACGGUGCUACCUGUAUCGACAUGGUUGAGGGAUUCUCUUGCCAAUGUGCAAUGGGCUACAAAGGCAAGUCCUGUGAGCACGAAAUACAGUAUUGUACCGGCGAAGAGAAUUAUUGUCAGAACGGAGCUAUGUGUGUUCCACUGGACUCCGAUUACAGAUGUGAAUGUACAGCAGGUUACACAGGGAAGAACUGUACAGAUGACAUUGACGACUGUCUGUCGCACAUCUGUCAAAAUGGGGCACAAUGUGUCGACCUUCUGGGAAAAUACACCUGCACCUGUCUCCGUGGCUACACCGGCAAGUACUGUGAGAUCCCUCCAAUCAACAUAUACUACAGUAACGACUACUCUGCUCCAGGAGCCUGCCGUAACCAUGAGUGUCAGAACAAUGGAGUCUGCUACAAACCCAAGGGAUCUCAGGACUACAUGUGUCAAUGUGCCCCAGGAUUCUCCGGAAAGAUGUGUGAGAAGAUGACCAGUGUAUCCUUCCUAGAUACUGACUCUUACAUCCAAUGGCCUAAAUUAGACUUUGAGUCUUGGGUUAAUAUCACCAUCGUCAUGAAAACCCAGUCAGACUCUGGCCUUAUAUUCUACACAGGACAGGAACAGCAUUUAGCCGUGGAGCUGUUCCGUGGCCGAGUGGGCAUCAGUUUUUAUGUGGGAAACACACCUACUUCUACAAUGUUUAGUUACAUCUUUAGCUAUGUCGAGGUAAAUGAUGACAGGAUUCACUAUAUCGAGUUGAUGCUGAACCGACGUAAUUUUACCAUGAGAGUAGACGGAGGAGUGUCACGUUCUGUUGUCAACCAGGGUAACCGUGAUUUUCUGGACAUCAAUGACGAUGUCUACUUUGGGGGUCUGCCAACAGAUGUCAGUGCUCGGGCACGAAGUAAAUUUCACAUUAGGAGUGAAUCAAGUUUUAGAGGUUGCUACCAGUCCGUGUACGUUAACAACAAACUAAUGGAUUUCAUGUCGUCUAAGUUAAACCGCAAGAUAAUGCCAGGCUGUAAGGUCGACCCCUGUCUCAACCACCAAUGUCAGAAGGGCCGCUGUAAACCCCGUAAGAAGCGUCAGGGUUACAGAUGCAAGUGUACCAACGGAUAUUCAGGUCGCUUCUGUGAUGUCGGGCCAACCUGCCGUCCUAAAGUUUUCAGAAGUUAUUAUACACAUCCAAAGACAAAUUGUAAAUCCCGUACUCGGAUAAAGUUCCGCCGAUGCCAAGGAUCAUGUGGAAAUGGUUGCUGUAAACCAAAGAAAAUUAAAAGUCGGAAGAUAAGAUUGUACUGUCAAAAUGGAACCAGCUAUAUGUACAAAAUACAAAUCAUUCGCAGAUGCGGUUGUCAACGGUGUUCAUUUUCAAAUUAGAUAUAUCAUAAAUCAGCUGAUUAAUUUCAAAGAGGAGCUAGAUAAUGUCUUCCACAGGUGUAGAAAAGACAUUAUCUGUGAAGAAGGUUGCCAUUAGAAUAUGAUCCAGCUCAUAUUUAAGUCUGAAAAUGUGAUUUAGAUAAUUAAAAUAUUGAAUGGUUCAAAGUGGUCUUGACCUAGACUCUGGUCACGGCACCAGGCUCCUUUGAGUUAUUGAAUGAAUCCUGGUCACGGCACCAAAAUUGUAUUUAUAUACUGGUUUCACAAUGGACAGUUAACACACUUUCGUUACCUCUCAAGUCAAACUGAACUUCACAUCAACGAUGAGAAGAAAGCUAGGAUUUCUGGGACCCCUGAAGAAAAUGGCACGCUCUACAUAACUGCCUUGUCUGUUUUGACGGAUUGCUGAUAUACGUGUGUGGUAAACUAACACACAUGAGAGACAGUGGAGGUUAAUUGUAAAGUUUCAAAAGUGUGAGAAUUUUAUAGAAACACUUUGACCCAUGCUGAAUAAGGGGAAGCAAAGACAUAUCCACACAUAUCCACACAUUUUCUUCUGUGACCCUGAAUACUUAAUUGUAAAUAUACAAUGACAGUGUAGGUGGCAGUGUUUAAUUACGAAGCUAUCUUUUGUACAGGAAAUUGCAUGCGGCUGUUUCAUGUAAACAAGUACUUUUCACCUACCUACGCAUUUCUUGGAAUAUUUGGUGUACAUGGAUAUAUAAUAAGAAGUGUGUGCAUACAGAAUUUAAUCAUGUGAUUGUUUAAUCAAUUGUGCUGUGAGAAGUAACAGGUUGCCACUUUAUAUUAGGUGGUGUGUGGAUAUGAGUGCCAAGCAGACAACCAGAGGGUAAUUCAAUCAGUGACUCCACCAGUGUUAGGCUCAAUGGUUGGAGAAUAUACGGGGAUGUCAUCGGUAAAAUUGUUGAUAAAGGAAGACAACAAUUUCAGACUACAAAAUGUGAUGUACAUUUCUGUGGUCAUUAUCAACUUAAGCCAGCCAGUAAACUGUUAAUCUUAUUAUGAUGUAUAUUUAACAUUUUGUGAAUGUGCGAUAAAAGAGACACUCCCAACAAAUGUCAGACGAUAUUUCUUUAUGUAUGUAUUUGUGUAACAUAUGUACAUAUGUUUCUGAUAAUAUAUCUAUUUAUACAACAGUUACAUGUAUCAUUCAUGGAUUGAUUUGUGGUGACCACAGGUCAGUCUUGAAGUGACCAUUGGUCAGUAGUAUAUGUUGACUGGGCUGUAAUAUCAUGUAUAUACGUGUAGCUAUGAUUCUACUGACUCGUUCGUUAGUGGACCAUACAGGUAAAGUGGUCAGAAUUAAUCAACACCUGAAUUGCAUUAAUACUGCAGUUAAGAUUUCCAUAUGAUAUAUCAAUAAUUUAAUGUUUGAUUUCAAUUUUUGAUAUCUAUUUCACUUUUACUUAACACCUUUUUUUAUAAUGAAUACAAAUUUUAGAUAAAAGGAUGACUGAUACUGUAAAGAUAGGACAAUUUCAGAAGCAACACCUAUAUCAACAUUGUCCAGGACCUGUUGACUUUUUAAAAACUGUUUUCAUUUCAAUGAAGUGCUUUUAGUCGAAGUGGGCACUGAUGCCUUGCAGACAUUUUCUAGUCUUUAUCUGAAGUCAUCAGAGAAAUGCUUUUUACAAACAGACAGUGAGUGAAUAUAGAUAUUACACGAUGUGUUAUUAUUUUGAGAUUAUCAAGAGAAGAUACACAUUAUAGCUACUGGUACAUACAUAGGUACAGUUAUAUGCUGGCCAUUUUAACAACAGAAAGUAUCAGAAAGAUGUCUUGAUGUCCUUCUAAAUUAAUAAUUGUCAUUUAAAAAAUAUAACUCCUUGUUUUAAGUUUAAGUUUUAAAUGUUCAUAGCUCAUAUUUUAAACCCAAGUCAUACUUUUGUUGAUUUUUUGUUAAUUUAAACUUUGGGCACGUGAAGGGUAAGAAGAUCAAUAUGAUGUCUAACUACUGUAGGUUGUACAUUUUGUUUGUUUUUAAAUUCAUAUUGUUUAUAUUUCAUUUAGUGUUUCAAGACACAGAGUCAAGAAAACAUAAAAUUCAUAUUUCAUUCAUCGAUUUAUCAAACAGAACUUACAGAUGUGUCAUUAUGAUGUGGAAUAUUAAUUUGAUAUUGUUGUAUUGCAUGCUAUCAGUUUUGUAGGUAAGGUGCACAUAUUUGCAUGUUAAGAUGGACUAACAUUACAUCAAAUCACAUAUAUACCAUCAACGUUGUUACUUUUUCUAGUAGUAAGACAGUCUAACUUGUAUCCCUGAUUAACUCCAUAAUAAUUUAGAAAAAGAGAAAACAUAACAUCAUAAGUUAAAGUCGAUAAUAUUGUCUGUGUCCUGCAGAUAUUUACUUUGAAAUGGCCAUCAUCUGUGUUGAAAAUUCUUUACUAAUGGCUUGCUCGUUAGUGUAAUUGUUUCUGCUGAUGAUAAAAUUAAUGUAAAAGUAAAUUCAAAAUUGAUUAGACGGUGAAGGUAUUUAACACGGACCAGUAUCUAAUAUUCAUACCCUUCACAUUUGCUAUCCACGUGGUCUCUCCCAGUUUUUACAGAGUCCUAUGAUAUCACAAAAUAAAACAUUAAUUGUAAUGAAACAAGGAAAUGUAUGUUCUUCGGGGAAAAAAUCAAUCUUUAUUAAAAAUGUAUAGUGUGUAUCAAAUCCUGUGGAAUCGGAAAAGUUUCAUAAGUUGCAAUCAAAUAUGAGUUUUGUUUGUCCUCAGAACUUAAAAUGCCGUUUGAAUGAAGUGAUGCUGACUGAUAUGCCAUCAGAUAUGUUCAUUUUAUCUCCGGACUUCUUCUCUAACAAAGGAAAGGUUUACAAAAAGCUUGUUAGUGUUUUAUUUGUACUGUUCUAUUUUAAUUGAAUUAUUGUUUUAUUUGUUACAUUGGAAUUCGACAAUGUUCAUUUCUUUUAAAAGCAGCUACAUUGAAUUUUUGUUAAUAUGUUUUAUUAAUCCUUUCCUGAAAGAUUUUUGUUCUGUUUAAUUCCAAAUAAACAGUGAUUACGGGGGAGGAUGGUAAUACACUAUGGAGAGACAAUACCACGCAGAUCUUUAUUAAUCUUGUUAAUCUCUGCUGAAUAAAGAUUUUAAUCUGUUCUGACUGAAGGAAGAUUUUCGUGAACAACAAAGUCAUCAAUCAAAUAUAAUAACUAAUUGGUUGGUUUAAGAUUUAACCAAGUCCCUCCCUAUGAGAUAAUUAAGACAAGCCCCUUCCUCUCCAUAGUAUAGGACAAGCCUCUCGCUCCCUAGAGGAUAGGACAAUCCCCUCCCUCCCUAUAAGAUAGUACAAGACAAGUUCCCUUCCUAGAGGUAAGGACAAUCCACUCACUACCUAGAGGAUAGGACAAGCCCCUCCCCAUAAGAUAGGACAAGACCCUUAUAGGAUAAGACAAGUUCCCUUCCCUAGAGGUAAGGACAAGCCCCUCCCUCCAUAUAGGAUAGGACAAGCCCCUUCCUCUCUAUAGUAUAGGACAAGCCUCUCGCUCCCUAGAGGAUAGGACAAGCCCCUCCCUCCCUAUAAGAUAGGACAAGACCCUUAUAGGAUAAAACAAGUUCCCUUCCAAGAGGUAAGGACAAGCCCCUUACUCCCUCCAUAUAGGAUAGGACAAUCCACUCACUACCAAGAGGAUAGGACAAUCCACUCACUACCAAGAGGAUAGGACAAGCCCUCACUCCCUAUAAGAUAGGACAAGACCCUCCCUAUAGGAUAGGAAAAAACCCUCCCUCCCUAUAGUAUAGGAAAAACCCCUCCCUCCCUAUAGGAUAGGACUCACCCCUCACUCCCUAUUGGAUAGAAUACAAUGGUGAGUCCUUAAUUGUUGAAGCAAAGUCUUAGUUUUUACAAGAGUAGUCAUUCUGUAUUUGCCACGUCAUUAUGAUUUUGAUUUAAAAUCCCCUUUCCCCACCCCUUCCCUGAAUUCUAAAGGACUUCAAUUAAUAUUGGUCACUUAACACCAGUUGCAAUAAUACUAACGUUUUCACAUCAGUAAGCAAUUUUGACUUUGGUUUUUAAAAGUAGUGAACUAAAAGGUUAAGUAUGAUAAUGUUUGUCUGUACCAACAUUGUUUUCUUCGUUAGUGAUAUUUGUCAGCUCUAGACAAGAGAAAUACUUCAUAUUCUCAGAACAUACGUUGUGUUUCCUGUAUGUUAUUGGUGAUAUUUGUCGACACUUGAGGAAUUAUUUAGAUUCUCAAUGCAUUUGUAAAACGUAACGUGUUUACGUUUGUCGGAAAAUGACAAAGAAAUAAUUCAGAUUCUCAGUAUAGUUGUAACUUUUCUUGGUGUCAGUCAGUACUAGGUAAUUCAAUAUGAGUAGAUAAGUCUGUACUUUGUUCCAACCCUCAAUGUUAACGACUUUUUGUGAAUGAUAAUUUGAUCUGUGUGGGUGGAUCGAUGUCAAAUGUUGGAUGUAAACUAACGCAACCAGUAACCUGGUCAGUUACAUGUAGACAAAAAAACACAGUCAAGUCGUACUGUUAACAAAACAACUUACAUUACAAUCAGCUGAUUAAUCAGCUGAUAAUCUGUCAUCGUAUAUAAAAUAAAUUUUAUUUUAUAAUGUU